AUGGCAACACCCGUAGGUCAAAUCCCUCUCCGUACCUGUACUGAACACAAGGGGAGACCACUGGAACUAUACUGUGAAACAUGUGAUACACUUGUUUGUCUAAAAUGUCUUUUAUCUACUCACAAAGGCCAUGAUGUUUGUGAACUCAGCGAUAUUACUCCUACAAAGAAACAAGACAUUCAAAACUUUAUUGACAGAACUGAACAAAAUGACCUGGUACAACUUAGGGAAUACAUCACAUCUACUGAUACACUUCUUAAAGACAACAAGAGCAAUUUUGAGGAUCUUUCAAAUAAGUUGAAAAAGCAAACAGACAAAUUAAAACAAGACCUCGACUUGCUGACAGCACAGACACUCUCUCUUUACCACAANGGUUCUCACAUAGAAAUCUACGACACAGGAUGUGAAAUUCAUUCCCCAAUAAGUCUCCCUGUAAAACCUGUCCUGGGUACUGCCAGUUUCACUCCAAACAAAACCCCUCAACAUCACCUAGAACUGGCCUUAGGGAACAUUGACGCCUUAGGUCAAGGUCAGGCUUCAACUGACCAGGACGGGUCAGUCGGGGCAUCUGGUGGUCAGAAACCAUCCUCUACAUCACAACAGACAGAACCAAAAGGAAAGAAGGCAGUGACUAUGUACAAACUACUGUCACAGACCAAAGUGUUGGAGGACUGGAAGUCUCCUGUUGUUAUUAAUUCUAUAUGCCCCACCACUGAUGGUCAG